GAGGGGGUGACCCAAGUUCCAUGGUGGCAGGACCAGAUUUUUCACCCAACAGUGGUUUUAGCACCAACCUCGAGAGCAUAGCCUUCCUGGAGCAGGUGGCGGGUGUGCCCCGACGGGAUGGGUCCGGGGCAAAGCUGGCAGUGAGCCCGGCAGGUUACACCCUAGCACCUCAUGCUCCCUAUUUAUUGCGGGUACAGGGGACUUUGAGCCCGGCCCCGGCAGCAGCGGGCCAGGCGCUGAGGUGAGCGGAGCUCGGGGGCUGCGAGCGGGCGAUUCCCGCAGGACGCGGCCCCUCCAUCCGCACGGGCCGGAGGUGCCCCAGGGCCCGGGCAGGGCUGGGCCCCGCGGGCAGCCCCGGGCAGCCGCGUCCCGGCAGCGGAGCGGCCCCGAGCCGGCUCCGGCCGAGCGGGGCCGCCGCUCCGGCAGCCGCUGCCCUCGGCGCCGCCGCUGACACCCUCCGUGCCUGCGCUGCCGGCAGCUGCCCCUGCACAGCCCUCGCCUCCCCGCUGCGCUCUGCCCUGCGCUCAGCCAGCCCGGCGGAGCCCGCACGGCCCCACCCAACCACCCCGAGAUGGGACAGGACAAUUGCAAACCCCAGCCCGGGGAUCUCAUCGAGAUCGACCGGCCCCUGUACCAGCACUGGGCGCUCUACCUCGGGGAUGGAUAUGUCAUCCACGUGACAGAUGAAGGAGCCUCAUCCGUUUGGCUUAGCAGCUCUUCAAUACAUGCCGCAAGAGCCAAGGUGAAGAAGGACCCGCUGGUGGAAGUGGUGAAAAGUCAUAAAUGGCGUGUCAACAACAAGUAUGACCGCUGCCGCACUCCCUUCCCUGUGGAGGAGAUCAUCCGGCGUGCUGAGCUAUGCAUUGACAGGGAGGUGCCAUAUAAUGUCCUUAAAAGCAACUGUGAGCACUUUGUGACAAUGCUUCGCUACGGAGAAGGAGAGUCUAGGCAGGUCCAAAAUGCAGCUGCUGGCAGUGCUGCAGUAGCUGUGGGAAGUAUCAUUCUUGGUGUUGCUGCUUUUGUUGGGAUGGCAUUGUCCGAGAGCGCAUCCAGGCGAUAGUGCUACUGAUGGGCUGCCAGGAAGGCUCAGAGCAAGGCAGGCAGGGUCCCUGGCCACAGCAGCCACUGGGCAGCUUUUGCUACACGUGCCAUCAAGGCUUCCUUGAACAGUGCCACCCUUACUGUAAAUAUUAAACAAUCCCUAAUAAAAUAUCUGCAUCACA